AUGGAUAGUAAUAUAAACAUUAAUUAUGAUAAUUAUGGUCCCCAGAACCAUAAUCCGUUGUCCGUAGAAGAAUACACAUUAAGAAGUAGGGGCAAUAUAGAUGAACCUGGAGUGUUAUCAAAUAUGAAUAGUGUAUCUAAUAUUUCUACCUCUACUAAUAAUAUAGGAACAAACACAAUGAAUUUUAAUAAUUCAAAAGGUUUUAUUAUUAAUCCAUUUAAUGAAAAUUAUAAAAAAAAUAAUAUAUGUACUUAUUUAGAUCAUGAAAGUACAAAUAUUAAUGGAGGGGUAAAUCAGUAUGACAAUCACAUGGAUCAGAUGAAUCAGAUGAAUCAGACGAAUCAGAUGAAUCAGAUGAAUCAGAUGAAUCAGACGAAUCAGAUGAAUCAGAUGAAUCAGAUGAAUCAGAUGAAUCAGACGAAUCAGAUGAAUCAGACGAAUCAGAUGAAUCAAACGAAUCAGAUGAAUCAGACGAAUCAGAUGAAUCAGACGAAUCAGAUGAAUCAGAUGAAUAUUCAACAUCAAAGAAAUAGUGUAAAUGCUCCUAACAUUUAUAUUCAAAAUUUUGAUCAAAAUUGUGAUAUAUAUUAUAAUAACAACGGGAAAUCAAACGGCAAUUUAAAUGUUCAACAGUCUGACAACGCUCAUAACCCUUUGAUUUAUGAUAUAUCCGAAUUAUACAAUCGAGAAAAAAAUGAAGAACAAAAAACAAUAUUUAGAGAUGAAUACAGCAACAGAACUAUAAUAAAAGCAUUAAUAAAUAAAAUAACUAAUACCCCUAUGAUAAAUAAUAGUGUUAAAAAUAUAGAAGAUACUAAUAGCUCAUAUAAUACAGAUGAAAAUGUUUAUAAUGUAUGCUCUAUGGAUGAAUACACAACAAAUAAAUAUAUAUCCAAAAAUUAUAAUGAAAAUGACCAAGUAAUAGUACAAGGAAAUAAUACUGUACCAGAAAAUGACAAUAAUGAAAUAUAUAAGAAAGAAAAUUUAUCCAUAUUUCAAGAUUCAUUAAAGGAUAAUAUUGUGGAAUACAAUGCAUAUCAUGAUUCAAGACAUCAUAAACCAAUCGAUGAACAAGUAGCACAUUAUAUAAAUAAUUAUUACACAAAUAAUAAUAAUGAUCCAUAUAAUAGAAAUAGUACAAAUAAUAAUGGCAUUGCAGAAAAUAACAUAAAUGUUAACAGUGCUUUUAAUCAGUAUAAAGAAAAUAAACAAUAUUAUGAUUUAUUGAAUACAUUUACAGGAAAUAUAAUGGAAAGAAAAAACAUUAUGAUGCAAAAUGUGGAUUAUAAUGAAAGAAUCAAUGGUAAUUCUAUUAAUAUACAAGGAUCUAAUAACCAACAAAUGAAUGAUCAAUUGGUGGACAAUAAUAAUGUAAAUAUGUGCCUUAUGCAGGGUCCCUAUAUUAAUAAUCACAAUAUGAAAAAUUUUUAUAUGGGUAGCAACUAUGGGGGAAAUAAUAAUAUGGUUCAUAAUAUUAUGGGUACUAAUAAUAUGGUUCAUAAUAAUAUGGUUCAUAAUAAUAUGGGUACUAAUAAUAUGGGUACUAAUAAUAUGGGUAAUAAUAAUAUAGGUACUAAUAAUAUGGGUAAUAAUAAUAUGGGUAAUAAUAAUAUAGGUACUAAUAAUAUGGUUCAUAAUAAUAUGGGUAAUAAUAAUAUAGGUACUAAUAAUAUGGUUCAUAAUAAUAUGGGUAAUAAUUAUAUGGGUAAUAAUUAUAUGGGUAAUAAUUAUAUGGGUAAUAAUUAUAUGGGUAAUAAUUAUAUGGUUCAUAAUAAUAUGAGUACUAAUAAUAUGGGUAAUAAUUAUAUGGGUAAUGAUAAUAUGCGAAAUAAUAAUAUGGGUACUAAUAAUAUGGGUACUAAUAAUAUGGGUACUAAUAAUAUGGGUACUAAUAAUAUGGGUACUAAUAAUAUGGGUACUAAUAAUAUGGGUACUAAUAAUAUGGGUAAUAAUAAUAUGGGUAAUAAUUAUAUAGGUAAUGAUAAUAUGCGAAAUAAUCAUAUUAUCGAUUAUAUAAUCAAUUAUAUGGUCAAUAAUAUGGUCAAUAAUAUGGUCAAUACUAUGGUCAAUAAUAUGGUCAAUAAUAUGGUCAAUUAUAUGGUCAAUAAUAUGGUCAAUAAUAUGGUCAACAAUAUGGGCAACAAUAUGGGCAAUCAUAAUAUGAUAAAUCAUAUGGGUAAUGAUCGCAUAGGUAAUUAUAAUAUGGGUAAUAAUUUGAAUAGUAAUAAUUAUAUGGUAAAUAAUUAUUCUAAUAAUACAUAUGGGAAUAAUAACAAUGAUGUUAAUAGAAAUAUGAAUUACAAUUAUGCUGGUUAUAAUCAUAUGUAUGCUAGAUGUCUAAAUAAUAAUAAUAUGAAUAAUACUCCGCAAUACAUAAUACCGGAUAAUAAAAACAAAAUUUCCGCUGUACAUCCUUUUACAAAAGAAACAAAUACAGGCAUCAUAUUAAAUAAUGCAUCUCAGGAUUAUACAUUAUCUAGAAGUUUAGGAUAUAAUUUAAAUUUCUCUAUGAUUCAAAGCGAAAAUGAUUUUAAUUCUACUCCUUCAAAUAUAGAACCUGUAAAUAAUCAACCUUUAAAUGUCGAACCUGCAAUUUUUGAAGCUGUAAAUCUUGAAUUGUUCGAUGCAGAAUCUUUAAAUGAUCAAUAUGUAUGUGAUGAAAAUUCAAACACAGAUGUCAUAAAAUCGAAACCUUUAGUUGAUAAUCCUUUAGAUGAUGAACAUAUAUAUAGUGAACAUCUGAAUAAUAGAAUUUUAAACGACGAAACUUUACCUUCAGCGCAAUUAAAUGUUGAAACGUUGUAUGGUGAACAUGAAUAUAAUGAACAAAGGAUGAAUGAACAAAGGAUAAAUGAACAAAGGAUGAAUGAGCAAAGGAUGAAUGAACAAUCGAUUAAUGAAGAUUAUACAAGUGAAGAUUAUACAAGUGAAGAAUAUACAGAUGAAGAUUAUACAAAUAUAAAAUAUAUAUAUGCAGAAUAUAUAAAUGGACAAUAUAUAAAUGGACAAUAUAUAAAUGGACAAUAUAUAAAUGGACAAUAUAUAAAUGAACAAUAUACAAGUGAAGAAUAUACAAGUGAAGAAUAUACAAGUGAAGGAUAUACAAAUGAAGGAUAUACAAAUGAACAAUAUAUAAAUGGACAAUAUAUAAAUGGACAAUAUAUAAAUGGACAAUCGAUAGAGGAUCAAUCGACAAAUGAUCAAUCGAUAGAGGAUCAAUCGACAAAUGAUCAAUCGAUAGAGGAUCAAUCGACAAAUGAUCAAUCGAUAGAGGAUCAAUCGACAAAUGAUCAAUCUAUAAAUGAACAAUCGACAAAUGAUCAACCUCCAAAUGAACAACCUCCAAAUGAACAACCUCCAAAUGAAGAAUCGACAGAGGAUCAAUGUUUAAUUGAUAAAAAUGUACGUAAUGAACAAUUAAGUGAUGCAACUUUAAAUAGAUAUUUUUUAGAAUGUAGUCAGAGAAAUACUGAAUCUUUAUGUAAUGAAUCUUUAAGUGAUCCAUAUAUGAAUAAUGAUAAUUCACAUUCUCAAUAUUCAAAUUCUUAUGAAACAGAAAACGAUAAUUUAAGUUCUGAAAAUCCAAAUGUAGAUGAUCUAAGUGGUCACAUUCAAAAUAAUGAUAAUUCAUUUAAUUCCUCUUCAAGUAAUGUCCCUUUAAAUGUUAAUCCUACAAAUAUUGAAAAUUCAAAUAUUCUUCCUUUAAGUAUAGAAGGAACAAAUAGUGCACACUUAAAUUUUGGUCGUUCUUAUUCUGAUCCAUUUCCUUUUCAUAGUCCCAAUACAUCCAUUUUAGAAUUUUGUUGUUCACGAUAUUUCUCUUCAAACUUUCCUUUUGAAAAGACAAUGAUACAAAAUGAACAAGUUCAAGAAAGUCUUUAUAUCUCCAAUAAUUUUAUAAAAGCAAAUCAUGUAGAACGCAUAAAAAUUACACACAUAGAUACUUUUACUUCUAAUAAUCUAUUAGUUAAAAAUGAAAUCACAGACAAAGAAAUCAGUGAAAACAAAAAUGAAAAAAUUAUUGAAAAUGAAAAAAUUAUUGAAAACGAAAAAGUAGUUAAAAAUGAAAAUAUGGUUAAAAACGAAAAAGUAGUUAAAAAUAAAAAUGUGGUUAAAAAUGAAAAUGUUGUUGAAAAAAAUUCACGUUUUAUUAAAAAAGAACAUAACAUAAGCAUGCUAAAUGUGCCGAACUAUUAUGAAAAUAAUACAAGGGGAAAGGAUAUAACAAAUAAUAACAAUAUAUCAGGAGAUCCAUUAGUUAAUGGAAUUUCUACAUUGUCUUAUAAACCUUAUAGUACUUAUAACUGCAUUUCCAAUAUAAUAGAAGAAGAAAAAGAAAUAAAAAAAUUUGUAAACAAAAAAAAAAAUUCUCUUAAUCAUAUAAAUAGAAAUGAAAAAAUAUAUAUAGGUGAUAAUAAGAAGAAUUACAUUAUUGAAAAUAUUUGUAAAUGUUUUCAUUUUCAUUCAUUAGGAUUAAAUGGUGGUCUACCAGAAAUAAAUGUUAAUAAAGAUAAAAAUUUAUAUAAUAACCUACAUAUUACAAAUUGUUUAUUAUUUAAAAAAGAGACAACCGAAGAAGUUUUGAAAAAAUUUUUGCCGAAUAACGAAAUAAAUAUCAUGUCAUAUUAUUAUAACCAUAUCUUAUAUCGUUUAAGAAUGAAGAACAAAUAUGAAGACAUAAUACAUGAUAAACUACACGUAUAUCAUAAAUUAAAAGAAUUAAUAAAAUAUCAAUAUAAAGAAUAUUUACUACAUAAAACAGUGUACCCUAGAAAUAUAUGUAGAAAUGAACAUAUGAAUCAAAAAGAUAAUUGCACGAAAGAUAUAUAUAUAAAUGAGGAUAAUAAUAAAACAGAAUUAAACAUUGAAAAAAUAUCAAAAGAAAAUAAUGAAGAAAAUAAAAAUACUUAUAUGAAUACUACAUCUUAUAAAGAAUUACUUGGAAAUUAUAUAAACUUUUUGGAUACAUUUAAUUUAUAUGAUAAUAUAUAUAGCAAAGAAAAAUAUGAAACAGAUGAAAAUGAUCUCAUUCUUAAUAAUAAGGAACCUAGUAUUUCUUACAAUUUUAAUAGUAAUUAUAAUAAUGAUUUACUAAAAUCGGAUAAUGUAUAUGAAUAUAUAUAUAAAGAUAUUUACUAUGAUAGUUAUUAUGAUAAAAAUACUUAUAUAUACUAUGAUAAUAAAUAUACGUUUCAUAAAACAAAUAGCUUUAUUAACGAUGAAAACGGUUGCUACCAUCUUUUAACUUAUCCAUUAGAAGAUGAAAUAGAAAAUAUGAAUUAUUAUGAAAAAAAAAAGGGACACAAAAGAAAAAUAGCACAUAAUAAAGAUAUGAACGUUAAUUUAAAAAGAAAAAAAAUUAAAUAUGAAAAUGAAAAUAUUAUUUCUGAUAAGUUAAAUGUUAUGAAUACAGAAUAUAAUUAUAUUCAUAAACAUGAUGAAAAAGAAAAAGGGUCAUGUAUACUUAAUAAAGAUAAUAAGAAUCAUAAUAAAUUAUUAUUAAAAGACAAAAAGAUUUAUAAUGUUAAAAAAAAAUGGGAAAGAAUGUUACCUAUAUCAAAACGUAAAAAGUUAUCUACACAAAUACGUAUAAAUAAAAUAAAAAAAAACAUGCAAAAAUCAUGCAAAAUAUUAAACAUUAAAUAUAAGGAUGUAAUAUAUUCGGAAUUUUUUAGGUUGUCAUCCAAGAGGAAAAAAAAUUGUAAUGAAUUAUUAAAUGGAGAGAAGCAUGUGGAAAAAAAUAAAACAAAUGCUUUGUUGAACGGAGGGCAUACUUUCGUAGAAGACCAAAAGAAGGGGAAGGAAUAUAAGAAAGAGGAAAGGGAACAUAUCGUACAAGGGGAAAUAAAAGAGAAAGAAAAAUAUACAUUGGGAGGUAGAGAAAGAGGUUCACGUAGAAGUAAAGAAAGUGAUUCAUUUAGAGGUAGAGAAAGGGGUUCACGUAGAAGUAAAGAAGUAGAUACAUUAAAAGGUAGAGAACGAGAUUCAUUAAAAGGUAAAGAAAGAGAUUCAUUAAAAGGUAGAGAACGAGAUUCAUUAAAAGGUAAAGAAAGAGAUUCUUUUAGAGGUAAAGAAAGAGAUUCUUUUAGAGGUAAAGAAAGAGAAACAUUAAAAGGUAGAGAACGAGAUUCAUUAAAAGGUAGAGAACGAGAUUCAUUAAAAGGUAGAGAAAGAGGUUCUUUUAGAGGUAAAGAAAGAGAUUCUUUUAGAGGUAAAGAAAGAGAUUCUUUUAGAGGUAAAGAAAGAGAUUCUUUUAGAGGUAGAAAAAGAGAUACAUUUAGAAGCAGAGACAGGGGUUCAUUUAGAAAUAAAACAGGAGAUGUAUAUAAAAGUCGAGAUAUAAAUUUAUAUAAAGAAGAAAACAAUAAAAAAAAAGACCAUUAUUAUGUAGAUAAAUAUCAUUAUAUAAAUAAAUAUUACCCAGAAAAAUAUUCCAGAAAAUUUAAUUAUAACCAUUCGAGUGGUUCUUAUCAUAAUGCACAAAAAUAUGAUUCCUUAAGGUAUGAACAAAAAGAGAAACCAUAUAAGAUUACAGAAAAUAAUAAGAAAAAUGAGGGAAACGAAAUAUUAAAAAAAUACUCAAUAGAAAAUGAAGAAAAAAAUAAUUAUGAUAAAGAACAAAAUGAAAAUUGUAUAUUAGAUAAGGAUACUCAAUGUAAUGUAAAUACAAAGGAGAAAAAUAAUUUAGAUAAUAAAAAAUCAUUUCCAUCUAAUAUAAAAGUUAAGCUGGAAGAAGAAGAAAAAAGCGAUGACAAAAGGGAUGAUAAAAAGAAUGACAAUACAAGGGAGAAAAAUAAUUUAGAUAAUAAAAAAUCAUUUCCAUCUAAUAUAAAAGUUAAGCUGGAAGAAGAAGAAAAAAGCGAUGACAAAAGGGAUGAUAAAAAGAAUGACAAUACAAGGGAGAAAAAUAAUUUAGAUAAUAAAAAAUCAUUUCCAUCUAAUAUAAAAGUUAAGCUGGAAGAAGAAGAAAAAAGCGAUGACAAAAGGGAUGAUAAAAAGAAUGACAAUACAAGGGAGAAAAAUAAUUUAGAUAAUAAAAAAUCAUUUCCAUCUAAUAUAAAAGUUAAGCGGGAAAAAGAAGAAAAAAGCGAUGAAAUGAAGGAUGACAAAAAGGAUGAUAAAAAGAAUGAAAAUACAAGGGAGAAAAAUAAUUUAGAUAAUAAAAAAUUAUUUCCAUCUAAUAUAAAAGUUAAGCUGGAAAAAGAAGAAAAAAGCGAUGAAAUGAAGGAUGACAAAAAGGAUGACAAAAAGGAUAAUAAAAAGGAUCAUAAAAAGAAUGACAAAAAGAUUGACAAAAAGAUUGACAAAAAGAUUGACAAAAAGAAUGACAAAAAGAAUGAUAAAAAGAAUAACAAAAAGAAUAAUAAAAAGGUUGAAAAGAAAAAUGAAAUAAAGAAUGAUAAAAAGAAUAACAAAAAGAAUAAUAAAAAGGUUGCAAAGAAGAAUGAAAUAAAGAAUGAAAUAAAAGAUGAAAUAAAGGAUGAAAAUAAAAAAUGUAUAUAA